AUGGCUUCUUUGCUUGCUUCUAAAUUUCUACGUCUUUUUAUCAGUGUACGGUUGGAAAAUAUUUGUUUUGUAUCAUUUGCAAAAUUCAGCUUCUUUUGGUUAACAGAGCUUAAAGAAAUAACAAUAAAUCAAAAAAGAGAAGAAAAACAUUUCGUUGUUCAAAAUUUUAUCUUCCGCAAACAAACAAAGGCCAAAUCUUUUUUAAGAAUGGUCAACUUUUCAGAAAUGUGA